AUGGCGAUCUUCAGUGUGUAUGUGGUGAACAAAGCAGGAGGACUCAUCUACCAGCUGGACAACCAGAACCCACGAUCCGAGACCGAGAAAACCUUUAGCUUCCCCCUGGACUUCGUCCUCAAAGUCCACGAUGAGCGGGUGUUGGUGUCGUUCGGUCAGAGAGACAACAUCCGGGUUGGACAUUCUGUGCUCUCUAUCAAUGGCAUUGAUGUGAAUGGACGAUACACAGCAGAUGGAAAGGAAGUUCUGGACUUUCUGGGAAACCCCUCCAACUAUCCGCUUUCCAUCCGCUUUGGGAGACCUCGUCUUACAUCUAAUGAGAAGCUGAUGUUGGCCUCCAUGUUUCACUCGCUAUUUGCUAUUGGAUCCCAAACUCUCUCCUGAGCCAGGAAGUUCUGGCAUUGAAAUGCUGGAAACGGAUACAUUCAAACUGCACUGCUUUCAGACUCUGACAGGUAUAAAAUUUAUGGUAUUGUCAGAUCCACGCCAGGCUGGCAUUGAUGCUUUACUACGCAAAAUCUAUGAACUGUAUUCUGACUAUGCACUCAAGAAUCCAUUUUACUCCCUGGAAAUGCCCAUUAGGUGUGAGUUGUUUGACCAGAACUUGAAGUCUGCUUUGGAAGUAGCAGAGAAAGCGGGAACAUUUGGACCCAGUUCCUAG